ACCUCCUCCCGUCAUCAUCUGCCCUUUCUCCCUCGACGCGACCACCGCCCCCAUCGAUCCUCCAUCGCACCCUCGUCGCUCGUCGGCGGGACGCUGCAAGGUUUGCUUUUGCCGGGCGCGUUUACUUCUGCACAUCUGCACAGACAGAACCCUCACUCAAGCUCUCCGAGACCUCUACUCUCGCCCGAUCCUCUCCUCCAUCCGCCGCACUUCACCGUCUCAAUCCCGGCGACUUCCUAGCACCUUCCUCUCACCACAACACUUCACCAGCCGCUUCGUCCCCUGCUCCGAUCGCCUACACCAGCAAGUUUUCCUUGGACAGCCCCUGCUGUACAUAAACGAUCAAUCGAAGACAUUUGCGACCGGCUAUCUGUGUCGUCACUGGCAGUCAUCUGAAGAAGAAGAAAAGAUCAACACCUGAAAAAAGCUUUACUUGAUACAGCAGGGCCAAAAUAGCCAUCAGCGAUAUGUCUGCCUCACCUACCACCACCGCUGCGCCCUCGCAGAAGCGGCCUCUGGAGGAGCCCUCUUCACCUUCCGGUCCCGGCGAUCAGCCAGACGCAAAGCGCCCUGCUCUGGACAAGAUUGUUAAAGAUGAAGCUGCAUCAGACGACGUAGAUGUCAAGACCGCUGAACCCGCGUCGGCCUCCGCGCCUACCGCCACCGAAGACACCAAGCCCACAGGCGACGCGUCCACUCCCUCAGCCCCACAGAACGGUGCUCCACAGGAUGGUCAAGGUGACACUGUGGUGCCUGAUGCCCCCACCGCUGCCGCGGCCCUUCCCACUGAGACACAGCCCAUCCAAUCGACUUCGGCGAGUGGCGUUCCCGCGACUUCCCAAGUUCCUGCUAUGAACCACCAGGAUGAGAGCGGCUGGUUGCACGUUCGCGCGAUCAUCUCCAGUGCCGAGGCCGCUACAGUCAUCGGCAAGGGUGGGGAAAACGUCACAUUGAUUCGACGCAUGUCAGGCGCUAAGUGCACGGUUAGCGACUACUCUAGGGGUGCAGUCGAGCGCAUCCUUACCGUCAGUGGAUUGGUGGAUGCAGUUGCCAAAGCUUUCGGCUUAAUCAUUCGCACGCUUAACAAUGAGCCGCUUGAAGCUCCCUCUACACCUCAGUCAAAGACUUACCCUCUUCGGCUUCUCAUUCCCCAUAUCCUGAUCGGUUCCAUUAUCGGCAAGUCCGGUGUUCGCAUCCGUGAGAUUCAAGAGGCAUCCGGAGCUCGCUUGAACGCUUCAGACUCAUGCCUUCCUCUGUCCACUGAGCGUUCUCUCGUUGUCCUUGGUGUUGCCGAUGCUGUCCACAUCGCAACGUACUACGUUGGAAGUACUUUGGUCGAACAGCUGACGGAGCGUUUUGGUGGUCCUGCGGCAUCUGCGUACGCAACGCGCAGCGGCGGUCCUGCAGGUGUUGUUCCUGGAGGCAUGCAGGUCGUUCCGUACGUUCCUCAGCCGGCGGGAGGCCAAUGGGGCCACCCCGAGACUUUCCGUGGCGGAAAGGGAGCUCACGGACCGAGGACUCCCGCUGCCGCAUACGGUACCCCUAACAUGCACGGUCAAUACCCCCAGCAGCCCCAGGCGCCUCUCCACUACGGGGCUGGCUCGCCGCGCCACGCUUACACCGGCGCCGGUCCGCAUCAACCACAGCAGUACGGCACUCCUCACGUUGGCCAGCCGGCCGCACAUGCCGGUCAACCCGCCCAGCCUAUCCAAGGCAUGAUGCCUGGACAACCGAUGACUCAGCAGAUCUUCAUUCCGAACGACAUGGUUGGAGCUAUCAUUGGCAAGGGUGGCGCAAAGAUCAACGAAAUUCGCCAGCUCAGUGGUAGUGUCAUCAAGAUCAACGAACCCCAGGAUAACAGCAACGAACGACUUGUCACGAUUACCGGCACCCAGGAAUGCAACCAGAUGGCUCUAUAUAUGUUGUACUCUAGGCUUGAAAGCGAGAAACACCGCAUCUGAGCGGCCUCGCAUUUCUUUCGGCGAAUUAUUGGAAAGGGGGGGUAAAAGUCUACCUACUUCGAGGUCUUGCCUUCCAAUUAUGUACUAUUUUUUCUUAGGCGGUUAUAGGUCAAUUGAGCAUCGAUAGCUUACCUGGACUUUUCUUUGUGCUUGCGUCGUUUUUCAUCAUUGCGGCUUGCGUGCAGUCAAACACGUUAGUUACGGUUCCUUUUGUCCCAUGGAAGCAAACGCGAAGAGGGCAAUGCUUUGCGGACGGUCUACAGUGCGGCGUCACAGGUCGUCGCCAGGGUCCAACUUCCUCACGAAACACGGUCGCACCACGAAACAACAACCUUCUCAUCAACCCACGCAGCUGCAGCUCACUCAAUUCAUGCAGAAUUCGAUUCUUCAUUCAAUUCUAAUUAAUACCUGGUCUAGUAUCCCUUCGCCUCGUACACAGCCUGCCACCUAUCUCUUAUAGACCGAGCUAGCUUCUUUAGACUCACGUUGUCCAG